AUGUCCCGCCCAACAACCCUCCACGUCUCCCUCCCCGACCUCUCCAAAAUGAUCGACCACUCCCUCCUGCACCCGACCCUAACCGACACCGAAGUAGCCCAGGGCCUCGAAACGGCAAAAAAAUACAACGUAGCCACCGCCUGCGUAAAACCGUACCACAUCCCCUUCGCGCGCAAGCGUCUCGAAGGCACAUCCGUGCUCGUGUGUCCCGUGAUCGGCUUCCCGCACGGGAAUUCCACGAGCGAGGUGAAGGUGUUUGAGGCAAUCCGCGCGGUGGAGGAGGGAGGGAACGAGGUCGAUAUGGUGGUUAAUGUGGGGAGGGUGUUGAGUGGGAAGUGGGAGUAUGUGGUGCAUGAGAUACGGUUGGUGAAUGAGGCGGUUACGGGGAGGGGGGCGGUUUUGAAGGUUAUUUUUGAGAAUGAUUAUCUGGGAGAGAAGGAAAUUGUUAAAUUGUGUGAGAUUUGUAGUGAACUGGGAGUUGCGUUUGUGAAGACGUCGACUGGGUAUGGUUUCGUAAAGCAAGCGAGCGGGGAAUACAAUUACAAGGGAGCUACUAUUCCUCAUCUAGAAUUGAUGAGAAAGCAUGCUAGUCCGAAUGUACAAAUAAAAGCUGCAGGUGGUGUCAGGACGCUCGAUGAUCUUCUGAGAGUGAGGGCACUUGGAGUCUCAAGAGUCGGUGCUACCGCCACUGAAGCUAUACUAGAAGAAGCUAUGCGGCGGGGUAUCGGGAACGAGAGAGUACAGGUCGAGGUCAAAUGGUGAUGAUUUUAGACUUGUAAAGUACUGAUUGAAGUGGGGACAAUUUGGUAUUCCUUCACUAGAUUAAUCUCCAAUGAGUAGGGAGAGACAACGACGACCUUGGUAUCUUCCUUCAAUCGACUUUCCUUCAUGCCCCUGUCAUUCAUCUCAUAUCGAAACACAACUACAUACAAAGAAUAUAGACAAUUAACACAAACAAUAAACGCUAUACUAUUAAACACUCUUCUCGAACAGACAGACAUUUGACACUGCAAGGCAAUCUCUGGUAUCUUCAUCAACCACAGACUCAACAAGUAAUCCAAAUAAUGCUAAACUCCCUCAGCAAUGAUAGACAUGAAAAAGCAAAGCCAAAUCAGGAACGCUCAUGCAGUUAUCUCAUUUUCC